GAUCACAGAUACUCUCUCAGCUCCACAUAACUGAUUUUUUACAACAAUCGUUUCCUACAGGGACUAUCCCCACCCCCUCCGCUCCGCUCUGCCCUAGCACGGCACGGCUCGACUCGCUGCCAACCCCGGCCCUCCUCCAGGGCUGCCUGAGCCGGUGUUUGAUUGGAUUAGAGUCGGCUAGCCUUUGCCCUCUAACCCCGCUGAUGUUGGCUUGCUGCUUCCUGCUCCCUCCGCUCCCUCUGACCGACUGACGAAUCCUGCCGAAGCCGCACGGCGAAGCGCCCUGCACGGACACAGCCGACCGGGACGAGCCGCUACAGCCGGAGGAGAGCGGAGCCGAGAGCCGCGCAGCACACAGGCAGGCGGGCGGACGGAGAAAACGGGCAGCCAUGCGGAGGAAAUCAAGGAUAUUGUUGUGUUUUGCGGUGCUGUGGGUGCUGGGGAUAGCCUACUACUUCUACUCGGGGACAGCGCUGAACAGAAAGGAUGAUUGGGGCUCCAGCGACUCGUCCAGUCGGAGCAAAGCACACAACUCUGAUGACAAGACUCACAGCCUGGAGACUCUGCCGCCAGGUAAGGUGCGUUGGCAGGAUUUUGACCAGGAUCUGUAUGUAGGAGCCACGGUGGUCCGACCAGGUCAGGACCCGUAUGCCAGGAACAAGUUCAACCAGGUGGAGAGCGACAAACUCCGUAUGGACAGAGCGGUUCCUGACACAAGACACGAUCACUGUAGACAUAAACAGUGGAAGUCAGACCUGCCGGCCUCCAGCGUCGUCAUCACCUUCCACAACGAAGCUCGCUCAGCUCUGCUCAGAACUGUGGUCAGUGUCUUGAAGAAAAGUCCUCCUCACUUGGUCAAAGAGAUCAUUCUGGUUGAUGACUACAGUGAUAACCCUGAGGAUGGAGCGCUGCUGGGGAAGAUUGAGAAAGUACGCGUGUUGAGAAACGACCGCAGAGAAGGACUGAUGCGUUCGAGGGUUCGAGGUGCAGAUGCCGCCACAGCGCCGGUCCUCACCUUCCUGGACUCCCACUGUGAAUGUAAUGACCACUGGCUGGAGCCGCUACUGGAGAGAGUGGCUGAGGAUAAGACCAGAGUAGUUUCUCCGAUCAUUGAUGUCAUCAACAUGGACAACUUUCAGUACGUGGGAGCCUCGGCCGACCUGAAAGGAGGCUUUGACUGGAAUUUGGUGUUUAAAUGGGACUACAUGACUCUGGAGCAGAGACGAGCCAGACAAGGAAACCCCAUCGCACCAAUAAAGACUCCGAUGAUAGCAGGAGGCCUAUUUGUCAUGGAUAAGGAAUACUUUGAGCAGCUGGGGAAGUAUGACAUGAUGAUGGAUGUAUGGGGAGGAGAGAACCUGGAGAUCUCAUUCCGUGUGUGGCAGUGUGGAGGCAGUCUGGAGAUCAUCCCCUGCAGCAGAGUCGGCCACGUCUUCAGAAAGCAACAUCCAUAUACCUUCCCUGGUGGCAGUGGGACGGUGUUUGCGAGGAACACGAGGAGAGCAGCAGAGGUGUGGAUGGAUGAGUACAAAAACUUCUACUAUGCUGCCGUCCCCUCGGCGAGAAAUGUCCCUUACGGAAACAUCCAGAGUCGCUUGGAGAUGAAGAAGAGAUUAGCCUGCAAGCCUUUUAAAUGGUACCUGGAGAACGUCUACCCUGAACUGAGGGUCCCAGAUCACCAGGACAUCGCUUUCGGAGCCCUGCAGCAGGGAGGAAACUGUCUGGACACCCUGGGCCAUUUUGCAGAUGGAGUGGUGGGCGUCUAUGAAUGUCACAACGCCGGGGGAAACCAGGUAGCAUUACCACGACGACACAUGCAGGAAUGGGCCCUAACCAAGGAUAAAUCAGUGAAGCAUAUGGACCUCUGUCUGACGGUGGUGGACAGAACAGCUGGUUCCCUCAUCAAACUACAAGGCUGUCGAGAGAAUGACAGCAGACAGAAAUGGGAGCAGAUUGAGUCCAACUCGAAGCUCCGUCAUGUGGGCAGUAACCUCUGCCUGGACAGCCGCAGUGCCAGGAUGGGUGGACUCACUGUGGAGGUCUGCAGCCCGAGCCUCAACCAACAGUGGAAGUUCACCCUCAAUUUACAAUCAUAGGGGGCGCUACAGACCCCGGGAAGACUUGGUUAACGGAUAGAGACGCAACAGACUCUGAGAUCAGAAGAUGGAUAGACUCAUGGAGAAAGACAAACUGGGUGGAUUCGUGGAUCCUUCUUGCUCCUCCUCCUCCUCCACAGAGGUGCAGCCAGUCAUGCGUACACCCCUCUCUCCCACCUCACCUCCCUCCCUACAACCAUGAGCCACGCCCCAUGGGGGAGGGGCUUGUAGGCCACAAAGGACUGAACCGGAAACUGGCUCUAUGUGGUGGAUGGAUGGUGACAGUGAUGAUCUUGAUGAGGAUAAAAGCGACGAAAAGGCUUUUGUUUCAAACUACAUACCUCAGUGUUUUUUCAUUGAUGGUUCCAGAGGCAAAUGACCAGUGAAUUCUUUUUUGUUCUAUUACUUUCUUUAAUGCUGGUGAAACUGAACUCUAAUUAUUUUUAUUUUCUUAUUCAUGUUUUUUUUUAUUUCUAGCUGUUAAUUCUUCACAGAGACUUGCAGGAGCAUUUUUUUGGUUCUCAAGUGAGUCCUGUAACAGCGGACGGAGGCUUCGGGUUGUGCUUUUCAGAGAGAUGUAGGUGCUGAGUGAUGGGAAGGGAGGGAAUAGACUCGAUCCCUUGAGCUUUUCCUUUCGUUUGCUUUUGUUGGCUUAACAGAAUCAACAGAGAAAAGAGAGGCAAAGCGGAGAGAAGAGCGCUGUGUGUUCUGCUUUGUUUUCUAUACAGUUCUUUUUCUACGGUUUGUGUCUUGGGCAGGCAAAGGGGUUCAGGGAGGUGCUUCCCGGCUUUGCAUGGGGGGUUUUUGCUCUGGAAUUGGAGUUCCUGAAACCAGCAAGUGUGGUGAAGCCCACCCUGGGGGUUUUACUGUCUGCCUUCAGGCUGUGCUCUCGCUGCUGCAGCAUCCUCACCGCUACACUUCAAUCCCGCGACCAAAACACACAGAAAAAAAUAAAUUCUUAUCAUUCUUUUUCUUUGUUUAUUUACUUCCGGCUAAAAAGGAACCAAAUUUGAAAAGGAUGUGUUGGGUUUCAGGGAGAUCAGGGGAGCGAUUAAAACAGUUUUUUGUUGCAUACUCACACUGCUCUCUGUGGAGCGGUUCAGUUUACCAACCUUUUUUUUUUUUUCCCUGCACAGAUAAUUUUCUUUGCCUGUGUCUGUGUUGCCAUUGUCGGAGGUCUAAUACUCACACCCAAACCUCAUUUAUGGUGCAGCUUCUUCUCUAGAGCAAGAUAAAAGUGACGUUCAUAAUAACAACGUAAUGAGAUCAACAAUAUUUUACAGUUCACAUAGGCAUGAUUGAGAUCAUUAUUUCUCCACUGUGCAUACACUGCUAGUGUUAAAGAAGGAAACCUAGCAUUUUAUACAUGGUAAACUUCUAAGAGGACAAUAAUAGUAAUUUAAAGUUAAUUCAUACAGGCCUCACAGGCCUCUCAUUUUAUUAACAGUGUAAAACCUUGGUUACUCCAGCCUGGGAGCAGAUGACAUGCAAAAAGAAAAGUCCAGAGUGUAGUCACACUCUGUGAAAUGUGCAUCCACACGUGUUCUGAAAAACUCCUUCUAACCGCAUGUAUCACUGACAUGUUCCUAUGUUUGCACUCAGUCAGUAGCGUUUUGCAUCAACAUAUUUUUUUCUCCAUUGUGCCUGCUAGAUGAGCCAUCUGUUCCCAAGUUUGCAACUGCAAUAAACAAGGUUUUGCUGUUUGUCCUCACUCUGUUCCUGCUGGAGGUGAGCAGAUUUUUCUGAUUGCACAAGCAAGAAAAAGGCUCAGUUUUUGCUGAUACAAAGUAGCUAUAAGAAUACUUUUCUUGUUCAUCUGAGUGAGCUACUUUAUUCACAGCAAUAUUUUGGUAUCACAGCACAGUGCCACUUUUUAAUUUUUGUGACUGAAUAGUGUUCCUGCUACCAUUUACAGUACAUAUACCUGUUUGUAAGUCCAUUACCUGAUGCCUUUUGUAUUUCUUUUGCGCCACCAGUCUCUUCUGGGCUUCAUCAUCUCUUCAUCUUCACUGCUGUGAUCCUCGGUACUGUUAGUCACUGAUGAGUAAUGAUGGUGGAGUUUGGGAAAUUGGUUGCGAUUAAAUUUGAAGUGACUCAUCACUUGGCAACUUCAAGGCAACAGCAUUAACACAAACCAUCUCUGAACAGAUACAUUUCACAGCCAACAGCUAAUAUCAGUCACACAUUUCCUAGUUAGAGUAACUAGAAAGAAGUUGCACCCUCAAGUCUUCUGUCAAAUAUUCUCUCAUUUUCUCAGUUUGUCUCAUUCACAUCACACAUUCACAUCCUUCCUCGUUAAAGCUUCAUAGAUUUCUUUUUAAUUUUUUCAAGUUUUACCUGCGAACUAACAAAAACAGCUGGUCCUGUUUGCUGUGUUGUCUGAUGGCUUUGCAGCUUCUACUCAAUCACUGUUUUCUGCCAUUUUCUUUCUUUUUACCUGCUUUUUUUUCCUUCCUUUUGUAUGUUGAUCAUUAAGCGGAGUGAGGGGAGUGGAGAAGGUCAGCUGAAGCUGCAGCUGGUCAUUAAAGCCUAUCCUGUGACUUGAUAGGUUGCUGCAUUGUGCUGCGAGGCACAGGACCCACACAUAUGGCUCAAGAGAGAGACUUGACUAGAUGUCGGGAAAGUUUUGUGUUGCCUUGGAGACCAGAUUCAAAGGCUCAAAUCUGAUUUAGGGCUUCAGUUAGAUUUCAUGGUAAUCAGGAGGGGGAUUUACUUUUAAAUUCUAGGAAAGUCCGCCGUUCUGUUUGGAGGAUGCAAAAGAAUAUGAAACAAUUUCAGUGUCUUAAUUUCUGAAGAACGUUGGAAUUUAGAAGAAUAAUUGAUUGGAAUUUAAGUUUUAAUGUCAUUUUCCUCAAAUGUAUAUUUAAAGCCUCAAAUAGUCAUUUAAUUUCAUUGCAAGUGUGCAGAUGCAUGCCUUCUGACUUAUUUCCCCCUUAGGCCCCUACAUGGACACAAAGCUCAUCAGUGUGACCAGACACCAUGAGAAAUAGAAUUUCUUAAAAUCAAACCUUUUUUAUUUCAUGUGUUGCAGGAGCGGUACUAUUACAGAUGAUGGUUAUUCAGCUGAUUCUGAAUCUGCUUAAAAAUGAAGAUCAUUCAUAGGACAAAAUCUGUGAUGUUCUGGGAUAGAUAAGGUGCAUUAUUCAUUUUCUUUUCCUCCACUGGGUGCAAAUGAGGACCUGUUAGUGGGUUGGAUUAAUGUCUAAAUGUUGCAACCUCCUCAGAGCAAUUUGCCAAUUCCCAUGCAUUGGUGUGUCAGUAAAUCUUGAUACUCCUCAGUCAGUGUGGGAUGUUAAGGAUCAGACUGGAUUGGCAGCAUACUGAUGUUUUUUGUGGUGUAUAGCGCCCUCUAUUGCCACACGUACUGUAUGUAGGCAACAAUUGGCCAACAGAAAAGAAAAAAAGGGACUUGAGGUAGUCCAUUUCUGAUGCACAAUUCACAGCCAGACAGUUUACAAUUUCCUUCUAAUUCACAUUUUCUUGACUUUUGUUUUAUAAACUGUUGAUUUGGCCCUGCUAGCUGGGUGGUGGAAAUGAGCGUCGCUACUCCACAUAACAGGCACAAGAACCAAACUGCACACACCUACGUGACCAGAGCGCAUGUGUGGUUGGAAGCCUUUUCUUUUUAAAACUAGUCUUAUUCUUGGGAAGAUAAGAACUUUGCUAUUUUAUUUUUUAUUCUUUUUAUGUUAUACACAGAGGGAACGACUGUAAUAAUUAAGGAGUCCAGCACCUCAUUUUGAUUGGAUGAUUAAAUGUUUACAUCUUUAGCACAAUGUGCCAAAGUUCCUUCCUGAGUUUUCUGUGUAAGGAAGAAUGAGAAAAGGGGUAAAGAAUGAGUCCCAGAGGACUAAUUCAGUGUUGGUUUGCCUACAGUAUGUUGUGUUUCGUAUUGUUCUCUCCAGUCUCAGUUCAACCUGUGGGAGACAUCGUGGGGAGGACUGCUCUUGCUGCUGAUCCAGUGUCAGCUUUAUGAUUAUAAUUGAGUUAUUUCCUUGACAUAUUUAGAUUUGUGAACAUCGGUUAUGUAAUGCAUUUAAGCCUUGAUGUCUGCAAAAGGCCUGUUGUGAUGGAGCCAGCUGUGUGUUUGGCAGUCAUUAGAAGCGUUAAUCAAAGAGUAGAAGAGUAAUGACAAUCUUGCAGACGGGCGUCUUUAUUAGCAUUAAAAGUGGGAAAAUAACUGAACACCAGUCAGUAAACAAGAGCAUCCUCCCCACUGAGCCAGCAGGACUUUAUUCAUACUCACUGUGUUUUCAAGGGGAAACAAUCAAUGGUUUAUUUUUAAUGGAGUUCAACAAAAAGAGAAGGCACGAAGGUCAAGAUUUGUGUUCUGUCAGCUUUUCCUUUAAAACGGGGAUGAGAGUUCUGUUAUGAUUUGUCCUGCAGCCGGGACGUCUUCCCCUCUCGACCCACCUCAAAUCCCCUCUUAGGAUUAACAGAAGAAAAGCCCUCUCUGAUAUGUGAAAAGCCCUGCUGAGACAUCCAGCUCAGGACUGCUUAAGCUUCUCCAUCUUUUGCUACAAAGCGACUGUAACAGUGUAUGUGAGCAAGAGGGGCUGAACAUGCACAUAAGAAAAUAUACUGUAAACAUGUCAUCAACCUGUCAUGAUCGAUACCAGAUGAAACAGUAAUCAGUGGGGAGGGACGUGAAACUAAUGUGUUUUCUAAGAGGAAUGUGGAUUUGUUGAAUGACGAGGGGUCACAUAUGUAAAAGUGUAUAUUUUUGUAUAUACCUACAUCAGUGUGUGUACAGUAUGUACAUAUAUACACAGUGUACUCAGCCGCGGUUCCUAGUUUUGUUGUCCGACUGUACAGCGCUUCUAACUGUUCCCUGUUUUAUAGAUACUGCAGAAAUUCAACUUUGAAUGAGGAGAAAUGAUUAACUUAAAUAAAUGCAUUUAUAUAUAUAUACAUAUAUAUAAACUAAA